CCACUGCCAGUUAUCAACCGGGACGGACGUAUUAUAAGAUGGCGAAAGACGAGUUAAUUAAGGGUGUUCUUUAUGUCGUGAACGUGUUAUACGCUGUGUUCGGGUUCGUGACCGCCGCGACCGGAAUAUGGUUUUUUGUGCAGCUAUCAGAAUUUGUGGCUCUGAGGAAUAGCAACCAUUAUUUGCUGGACUACAGAGUCUACUGGCCACAAGUGGCGCCAUGGCUCUUCAUAUUAUUGGGAAUGUUUGUGAUGAUGGUCGCUUGCUGUGGAUGGUUCGGAGCCAGCCGGGAGAGCAGAGGAUUGCUCGGUAUCUACGCGUUGUUCCUCAUCCUGAUCAUCCUGGGACAGGCCAUCGCUGCGACCCUGAUCUUCGUGUUUGUUGAUGGUGAGGAUACAGACAGAUUCGUCAAGGAUACGGUGUACGAUGGGUACUAUAACUCCCAAUCAAACCCUGAUGUCUUCAAAGCCUUCGGUAGGAUUGAGAGAAAGCUGAGAUGCUGCGGAGCGAACGACGCUAGAGAUUACAGGAGCUGGAGAAACGAUCUGCCUCUGACCUGCUGUCUGGAUAGCUAUUACAGAGCAACUUGUGACUUCACGGAUAAGGAAGCGAAUGAAAGAUUAGGUUGUGCUAAAGUAGCGGCAGUGUACACUAAGAUUAUCAGUUCGUCAGUAGCUGGUGCGUCUUUGCUCAUAUCAUUAGUUGAGAUAGCAGGUGUGAUUCUCGCUUGGAAGCUUUUCAAUUCUUUAAGAGAAGUCGAGCAUUACAUCACGGAGAGGAAAGAGGGUGAAACUGAGUGUUAACAUAGAGCAAGCGCCGUGAAUCACUGUCUACAUGGUUUUAUGUAGUUUUGUAUUCUAUCGGCUACUGUGACCGACUUAUUCAGGAAAGGCGCGAAUGUAUAGUACCAAUAUUAUUGCUUGUAAUAUGCGCUGAAUAACUUUGCUAAGCAAAGGAGCGUGUUUAUGAAUGCAUAUUUUUUGUUGUUUUGAUAAAUAUGUAUACGUAUGAUGUCAUUUAAUUAAAUAUGGCUGAGCGUCGUGUUUAUAAAGGUAUGUUGAGGAAAAUAUAAAGUUAAUUGGUUUUUGAAUUCCUGAUACAAGUUAUGUUAAUUAUUGUUAUUAGUUUGCGGUCACAGUAGCUAAUAAGAACACCCCUAGCCUUUACCACCGAUUGAUUAUCAAAACCGCAAGUCUGUUCUGUAAUAGAUAUGUUAUAAAGGCGAUAAUGCCCUGUAUUUUUAGAGGAUUUUUUUUCGACGUCUCGAACUAUCUUGGACGAUUUUAUUUUGAAAAUUUUUCUUUAAGGUUUUUUUCUUAUCGGGAAUAAAGUUCAUUUCCUUCUAGAAGGAAAAAGAAUUUUUAUUCGUUCGCAUUCCGAACUAUUGUUCACGUGGUUACCAUUUGUGUCAUUAUGAUUUUUUUUUAUAAAUAUCAUUUUUAUCGUAAUUUUAUAUAAGAGAUGUUUAUUUUAUUAAUUAAGAUUGGUUAUAACGAAGUAUUCAGUAUUGUAUGUUAUGCAGCUUUAUAAGUAAAAUGACAGCUAAAUAAGUUUUAUCUCUUCAUACAAAAAAUACGCACAUACUUAUGAUAAGACUACAGACUAUCAUUUAAGCUCGAAACGGAUGAAUUUCUUAAUUUAUUUUGAAAUUUUAUUUAAUGAACCGCACCAGUUCAAAGUUCAUUUGUUUAUUUAAUAAUUAAUUUCGUUUUCAAAUCAAUGAAUCAUUCCUGACUCGAUGACCUCGAUGCUUCAACCGGUAAUAAUGCAUGGGUUAUGCAACGUUCAUACAAUGGUGACCUUCUAAAGCAUGGGAUUUUAAAUGCCAUGUCGACUUUAUUGCGCCACGUCUAUGGUGCUUAUUAUGAACGUACUUUUCGAAAGUUUCUAUAGAACGACAUACAUUUAUUAGAGCAAAAUAAACGGCCGUUUAUAUUUA